GCUACGUGUGCACGGUCGUGUGAAGGCUCAGAGUGUAAGAAUCAGGUGAAGAUCAUGGCAGGCGCGAGUCCGCUCGGGUCAGCGAUGUGCAGCGGGUACAGACUGGUGUUUAACCCGAGCCUGAGGUACAGAGCGCUCGGGUUAUUAAAGUCCACCCGCUGCAGGCUCGCGGGAGGAGGCGGCCGGAGCUUCAGUGCGGGCAGACAUGUGCGGAAAGACUUCAUACAGGAUCUAGAGAACCAGUUUAAAGCGAUUCGGGAUAAACUGACCGCGGCGAUGCCUGGCAGUGACUGGAGCCCGAUCGAGGUGAACCGCGACCUUCCUCCUGAGCGCGCGGAUGUCGUGAUUGUCGGAGGAGGCGUGAUCGGCUGGUCCAUCGCUUACUGGCUGAAGAGGAAACUGAUGUCCCGGGACGCGCUGAGAGUGCUGGUGGUGGAGAAAGAUCCCACCUACAGCCAGGCCUCGACAGUGCUCUCUGCAGGAGGCAUUCGGCAGCAGUUCUCACUGAAGGAAAACAUCCAGCUCUCUCUUGCCUCCGCUUACUUCAUAAAGAACAUCAAUGAACAUCUCGGCAUGGUGAGCGAGGAUCCCGUUGACCUGCAGUUUAAUCACUCGGGUUACCUUUUCCUGGCCAGUGAAGCCUCGGCGCACAUUAUGGAGGAGAACUACGCGAUUCAGAAAGAAUUCGGGGCUGAAGUCACCCUGCUUUCGCCCACACAGCUGAAGGAGAGGUUUCCCUGCCUGAACACAGACGGCGUCGCGCUCGCCUCGCUCGGACUCGAGAACGAAGGCUGGUUUGACCCUUGGAUCCUCCUAAACGCCUUCAGACGCAAAGCCAUGUCUAUGGGAGUGUAUCAGUGUUUCGGAGAAGUCACAGGAUUUAAUUGCUGGUCACAAAAGGCAGAAACCAUGGCCGGAGAUAUCCUGAACAUAAAGAGGAUCAAAUACGUUAACGUGAAGAUGCCAAACAGUCUAGAGUAUCAGCCUGUAGAGUGCGCUGUCGUUGUGAACGCGGCCGGUGCCAGUUCAGGGAAAAUCGCCCACAUGCUCGGGAUCGGACACGGCCCAAAAACCAGCAUGGCGUCCAUUCCGGUUCCAGUGGAACCUAGAAAGAGGUACAUUUACGUCGUGCAUUGUCCUGAUGGGCCGGGUCUGGAGUGUCCGUUUCUGAUCGACUACUCGGGAGUCUAUCUGCGGCGAGAAGGCCUUGGGGGAAAUUACAUCACGGGGAAGUCACCGGAGGAGAGCGAGGAACCAGACUGCGGUCAUUUAGAUGUGGACCAUGAGUUUUUUCAGGAGAAAGUCUGGCCACUUCUGGCCCACAGAAUUCCUUCUUUUGAGAAACUAAAGGUGUCAGGAGCAUGGGCGGGGUUUUACGACUACAACACUUUCGACCAGAACUGCAUUGUGGGUCUGCACCCGCUGGUCAACAACAUGUACUUUGCAACGGGUUUCAGCGGGCACGGGCUGCAACAUUCUCCCGCCGUGGGCCGCGCCGUGUCCGAGCUCAUCCUGGACGGAGGGUUUAAGACCAUCGACCUGAGCGCCUUCGACUUCAAACGCAUCCUGUGCCAGGAGCCCAUGCUGGAAAGGAACAUCGUGUGAGCACGGAGGAGGAGAGAUCCUAAAGCAGGAUGUGUGGAACAAGUGAUGUUAUGAGAUCUGGGGAAAAUCAAGACAUUUUGUACCAAAGAUCAUGUACUCUUCACUGUCCUGCAUUCCCCAUAACCCUGUGCAUCAGUAGCCAUGCACAGAGAGAAAUUACUUACUCACGGGAGGUUAAUUCUCAUUUCCUUCUCAAUAUUUUAUUCUGUCUCGUGAUCAUGGACUCUUGUGGUUUUGUGUGUGAAUGAGUUUUAUGAAAACUGACUUGCCUGUCAAAACAAGUAAUUAUGCAGCAUUUUAUACAGCAUUUUGAUCAUGAUUUAAAGAGUAACGUAAACUCUUUCAAGUUUUAGGCGAAGUUGUGGGAUCACUGUGUGUAGUGUUUGUUUUAUACCUGUAAUUUGCCUGC